ACAAAAAUGGCGGCUAAAUUAGCGCUUUGCUGUUACUACAGUUCUAUGCUCGAAGUAUUUCUUGGAAAGUGUUUUGAGACUAAUAUUUGAUAAUGGUGAAACCUGCAGAGGAUGAAAGGUUGACGUUUUUGCAAAGUGUUUUCUGUGGAGGAAUUGCUGGCGUUCUUUCAAGAACCGUGACCUCUCCGCUCGAAGUUGUGAAAGUUUUAUCUCAAGUUGGAACCCCAGAAACUCGUUUUGGUUUUUUGAGAACUUUUAAUAGGAUUUAUCGUAGUGAGGGUUUAAAGGCCUUCUGGAAAGGAAAUGGUAUCUCUUGUCUACGGCUGGUUCCUUAUAGUGCAAUACAAAUGGCUGCCUUCCACAACCUAGUAGCAGUUUUAGAUGAUGCACACAUGCCAAGUAAUCUAAAUGCUAAAAGUUGGAUGGUAGCCGGUUCAGGGGGUAAUCUAAUUGCAGCGCUGUUGGUGUACCCAGCUGACAUGCUUAAGACUCGACUUAUUGUCCAGAAUGUUAAUCCUUCCUUAUCAAACUAUCAUGGAAUCAUACAUGGUUUUCGAAAAAUCUGGAAAAUGGAAGGAUUUGUGGCAUUAUACAAAGGAUUAUUACCAACUUUUCUUGGUGUGAUUCCUUUUGCUGGAGGUUCAUUUUUAGCGUAUGAAAUUCUUGACAGUUCAAUUGCAAUGUCUCCCAGUGAUCUGACCCCAAUGUAUAUGUUUGUCAGCGGAUGUCUGGCUGCUGCUGUUGCCAAGACAUUGUCAUUUCCCUUUGACACAAUUCGAAAGAAAAUGCAGGCUCAAAGCAAAACUCUGCCAAAUAAUGGUGGUGUGGAUGUUCAAUUUAAAGGAAUGACCGGUGCACUAGUUCAGACAGUGAAGGUAAAUGGAAUAACUGGCUUGUGGAGAGGUCUGUCAGCUAACUUGCUAAAGAUUGCUCCAAAUGCUGGGAUAAUGUUCCUGUCCUUCGAAUACAGCAAAAGAAUAUUUCUGUUCUACAAUGGCUUCACUGAGUCACCAUUUUCUCAUGUUCCAAAACUUUACGUUGAUCAGAGCAUGUCACCAAAUGAAUUACGUCAUCAUGCUAUGAAGAAGAAAGGGUACAAUAGAUGACACAGGACAGUAAUUAAGAGCUCCAGAGUGGUUAGCCUGUGUUGGAUAGUUUUGGUUGGAAAGAAUUUCACUAUUGCUAAUCUUCUUAUAUGAAGAUUCAAGUUUAGAAAGAAAUUUCUCUCAAUAUGUUUUUUUUAGAUUUUAUGGUGAUCUCAGAGAAAUGUAACUGUCAUGGAAUACUCAGUUCAAUUACAAAAUUUAUUUCAUUGAGCACUAUUUCACUUUCUGUUGACCAAAAAAUAUUGGUUGAGUAGUAGUAAUAUUUUAUCUCUUUAAUCUCCUUAUACCACUUACAGAGUGAUUUGCCAUUUGAAUAGAGGUACAAUUCGGAAGAAGUUCCUUUCAGCCAACUAUGCUAAUCAUAGAUUCCAGUGUAGAUGGAAAGU